CUGGCCGACAGUUUCUCGUCGUCCGCCGCGCCGCGUGCACGCCUUGUGAUGCGCUCCGCGCUUUGACGCGAGAUGGCCUCGUCUACGACCGGCAACAUCGUCACAGAGUGGUUGCGUUCGCUCCACUUGGGCCAAUAUGCGGAAAGUUUUAUUGAUAAUGGUUACGAUGAUUUGGAGAUCUGUAAACAGGUCGGAGAGCCAGAUCUCGAUGCGAUCGGUGUACUCAAUCCUGCACACCGUCAACGGUUGUUGCACUCAGUAAGAAGUUUACGGGAGGAAGGUGCAGCCGCUGUUUACUUCACCCUCGAAGAAGCAACAGCUGCCAGGGACUCGUGCAGAUGCGAGGAAGAGUCUCGUAAAGAGCAGGCAACCGUUUCAAUCGAACCAGCAAAGUAUGCUGACGAGUAUGAGGAGGGAAAAGCUGAACUUGUCAAAAUUCCACGAAUGCAACUGAAGCGACUUCUUCGAGAACGUCUCGCUCAAGAUGGCAUACGCCUGAGUCUGCAGCCCUAUUCAACUACGGAUGGGGAUCGAGGCUAUUUGGAAGGUUUGGCUUCUCGUUACGCAGACCUAUUCUCCACUCACUACGGCGACGUCCUGGACCAUCUCGAAGAACUUCGCAGGCACGAAUGGGAUGAGAUGUCUCCUAGGAUGAGAGUCUUGGGGGGCCCUGGUACCCCCCAAACUCCACCUUCAGCCAGCCCAGGCUCCUUGGCCCUAAAUAAUCUGACCACGUCGCAUUCCCAGCCCAUUUACGUGCCAGGAAAAUAUUCGCCAUCAAGCUGCCUAACGGAUAAAGAAGAAGAUGAGAUCUACGGUUUCGGGUACGGCGUGUUCGGGAAACAGAUGUUGCAACGUCAACAGCAACAAAAACAAUUGUUGCUAGCUCAACCGUCCCAGCCCUUGAUUCAUAAUCAGCAACACAAUUAUCAAAGUUGUCUAAGCCCGCGUUCGGCCUACUUCUACGAGUUUCCGCCAAGCGGUGAGUUUCACAAUAAUUGUCUGGGGACAGCUAAGAAGAAGGUGACGACGUUCUCGAGACUGCUUCGUGGACUUAAAUCGCACAGGAAAGAAAAACACGGAUCCUGUUCGCCGAAGCAUACGCAUAGCCCGCGGCAGAUUUUGCCUCCUCAGAGGGUCGACACCCCGGACAGCGUGCUACAAAGUGGGUUAGGCCUGGGGCCAGGGCCGGACACAGCCCUGAGGUCCAUGGUUGACCCGAGAGAUUAUGAUCGCCUCCGCUUCUUACAAAUGACUUCCACCCAACCAAACACGUUUGAGGAAACUAUACAUAGGUUGAAAGUACAAGAAGCAAUGAAAAAGAAAGAUAAAAUUGCAAGGGAACAAGAAGAGAUUCUGAGAGACAUACGACACGGUCUUAUGAAUAUGGGAAGAGACGGCGUCCGGGGUCCUUUUGGAGACGACACGUACAUGUACGACGACGAAGCUAGAGGUCUAUCAGGCAGAGGACAUUGGUAUGACGAACCGCCCUACGAAAGCGACCCUGAAGAUUUCCUAAUGGGCGGAGGUGCUCCAGCAGCAACUUUUCAAAACGGACGAGUAUGCUUCACUCUCAAUCUUCGCAAUGACGCAAGAGGUGAAGGCGUGAUAUCUCUGAGAAGUGCCGGAGAUAUAAGUUUAGCGAGAACCCCUCGGAGGGGAUUAAUAAUUCCGCAAAGCGGCCCCUACCCCACAACCGUGAUCCCCUUGCGAACAGCGAGAGAUCGAGAAAGCGGGGAUUACGCGGCGUCUGACAUCCAAUCUAUAGGAUCGAGGCUAUCUGGCAUCUCGUUAGAAUCAAACAGGUCCGAACGGGAUUCCAGGCGGGGCUACCGCCAAAUGUCUGGCUAUCGGAUAGGAACAGACCCAUUAUCCCCGGCUUCAUCAGAUUAUGAAGACCAAGAAAGCGAAACGGACUCUCAACAUAUAGCUACCGUACAUAAGUCUGCUGAAGAUUGCGAAGGAGUUUCUAACUUGGCGGGGAAAGUUAGGGGACUUAGACAAGAUGUUCAGAGAAAAAUCUCUCGGUUACGUCAGGAAAGAGGUCCCGAAGGAAAUGAUAGGAGAACAAGUGCAGAUCAAGCAUUUCCUUGUUCUAAUAGUUCUUUUGAAAGUCUUCCCAGCGGAUCUGGCAGUAGCACACAGGCACUGGUUCGCGCCGGUAGUAAUCAUUCAUCUCUCUCGGCAGAAGAAAACAUAGAAUUAAGUCCGGCCGGGCGGAGUUUACUAGUGCCGCAAAUGCUGUGCCGUGCUCGAGCGCUCGUCGAUUACCUACCCAAUAUUUAUGAGAAAGAUGCUCUCAGAUACAAGAAAGGAGACAUCAUUGAAGUAAUUAACAUGAACGCAUCGGGAAUCUGGCGCGGUGUUUUAAACAACAAAGUUGGAAACUUUAAAUUCGCAAACGUGGAGGUUUUAUCUGAAAGAGACACCGUUCGCUCUAGAUCGUCAAAAUGGUGUAAAAGUCGCGAAAGACUCUGGGAGACGCGACCGCGGACUGUUGAAGAAUUGUUACGAAGAAUAGACCUACCGGAAUAUACACUGGCGUUUUCUCGUAACGGUUAUGAAGACAUUGAGCUGUUCAAAGAAAUCGAACCAUCUGAUCUAGAUUACUUAGGUAUAAUGACACCAGAGCAUCGGACACGUAUUCUUGCUGCAGUCCAAUUGUUGCAUCAGCUGGAAAGUGAGUUGGUAUUCUUUUAUUUUUUUCUAAUAAUCAUCAUCAGCAACAUCAUAUACCAAAACAUAAUGAUGUGUAUUCGCACGUGCACAGGUGGAGAAGCUGACGGUGAAAUUGACGGUGGCGGUUCCAGUUCCGAAGGAGGAGACUCGCCGUUUGGUCGACGACAGUUCCCUCGUGAUUCCGGUUGCUACGAAGGAGGAGUAGGCGUGGGCGGCGUCCGCGUCAGAACAUCACCACUAGUACACCGCACAGACGAACCCAAUCAACGGCCCCCCGAGCCCGCACCGCAAGCCAAACGCUCAAUCAGACGGCGACAGCCUGAUGACGCCGAAUGCGACAGAAUAGAACGUUAUCCCGGUACAGGAGCUGAGCGAACGGCUGUACGCACGGGUGGGUUGCCUGGCGGGGCUAGAGACGACACCUGCGAAUCUGACCACCGGCUGAAUGUCGUUAAGUUUGUGGCCGGCGGUGAGCCCUGCGCUUCAGAGAAGAGCAGCGAUUCGGGAGUGAGUAGUUCUUCGUUGAGUUCGGCUCAUCCUCAUCGUCCAUGAGCGCGGCCUGCCGCAUCCGCGCUUUUAUAGGCACUGGCGCGGGUGCGUGCGCAGGUCGCGCCACCCUAUAUCCCCGCUGACAAAAAACCCUCCACUAUACUCGAAUGUGAAUAAUGAUUCAGAAGCUCCAGAAGAUUCAGAUUUACUGGUGGUAGGACCUCUUGUGAGUCCGCACGGCUAGGUUCCACCACCCCGCCUAUUUUUACCGUGAAACAGCAAUGCGUUUCGGUUUGAAGGGUGGGGCAGCCGUUGUAACUAUAGUGAGACCUUAGAACGUGUAUCUCAAGGUGGGUGGCGCAUUUACGUUGUAGAUGUCUAUGAGCUCCAGUGACCACUUAACACCAGUUGGGCUGUGAGCUCGUCCACCCAUCUAAGCAAUAAAAAAAAGCGACGAGUAACAUUCAAUACCUUUGGCUUCAGUUAACAAGCGUUUUUUUCCGUGUUUUAUUAAUGAUCUAACUUUGCACAAGACUGAAAUAUGUUUACAAAAUUUAAAUAAAACUUGACCAUCCAAUUUAAUGGUGUUUAAAAUCAUUAAUUUGGAUUUAUGUCCACUUAUAUCUUCUCCGUAACGUUUAUGCUUAAGUAGCCUCUAAGAAGACCUUUUUGUAUUACUUAAAGACUGACCUAAGUUGAAGUAAUAAUCAUUUGAAGGCUGUUAAAUUAAAAAAAAUACAUUGUAAUAGUUAAUUAUUAUCUUGAUCAUCAACAGUAGUAAAAAUCAAAUAAUGUAAUGAGUGUAGAUUUUUUAAACUGUUAACAAAUUACGACAAUCACUAAUUAGUUAGUGCAAAAAUUAGUGUAAAUAUAUUAUUAAAAAUAAGUUGCUUUUAUAAAUUUAUAGGUGAUUUUUUAUAUUAUUUUUUCAUUCCUUGUUAAUAUUAAUAGGCAUAUCAAAACUGCAAAAACAUCUAAAAUUCAUUUAGCUUUAGUUUUCAUUUAUAAACUAUGUACCGUGUACACUGUUCAGGUUUUCACAGGAAUGAAUCGGAGAGAUCGACAGAUGUUGUAAAAAUGUAAGAUAAUGAUUUAGAAUGUUUAGGAAACUUUGAACAGAGUAUAAAAGAGUAGAAGUAAAUGCAUUUAUGAUUUCGUAGCGAAGGCAAUAAUUCGGUUUAAACAACUGACGCGUUCAAAGCGCAUUCGAUAGCAAUAAUUGUAAAUAACUUAGUAGUUAGACUAAUGAUUGGUACAUUUGAGAUUCUUUUGUUGUUUUAAAGAAAGCUUUGUGGUUUUGUAGCCUAUACAGGUUAGGCUUAGGUUAGUUCGAGUGUGAAAUUCAGAAUUUCGCCAAGAUCUUCCGAGUCAUUGUUUGUUUGACUCAGUUUUACGACUUCUGCACUUGUGAGUGGGUUCACUCGUAAAAUUCCAAGUGGCCUGUCAAACAUAGUGACUGGGCUGUAACUAAUAUUAGUUUUUUUUUUUUUUUUGCGUGGUUCUUUUGUGGCAUGGAAAAUGCGAUGCGUCUUGUGAUAAAUCGUUUUUCUACUGUUUUUUUUUCUCUUCAUAAUGUACAUACAUUUGUUUAACAGUGAAUUUUUAUAUCUACAAAUUUUUUAAAUAUAUUGUUUCCAAGAUCUUACUAGUCGAUUUUAAUUUUGUAAUUAAAUUAAUAUUGAAAUAUAUUUUCCCAAUUAAAUUAAAAACGAUAUUUACUUGAUCACAUUUAUUUAUUACAGUAUUUAAAUUUCAUAUCACCAUUCGUGUGCCGUCUUCUAGGGCACUUUUAAGUUUUUUUUUUUCUUAAAAGAAUUGUAAUUUUUGUUUUUUUUGCGAAAAACUGUUUGUGUUUCUAUUAAUUCUAUUAAUAUUCUAUUUGAGAACGGUUGGGUUUAUGGCGUAUUAACAAGAUCGGACCAGCACAAGUGCAAAAGUAACUAGUUGAAUAUUUAGCAUUGCCCGUGGUUGCUCUCGUGUAGAUCCUGUAUACAUUAUGUUAAUCUUCCCUUUUCAACUACGAUCGUAAACUAGUCCGAACUAUUAAAUGUAUAUAGAUAAAUGUUUGUUACUUGUAUAUUGUAGAUAGAACAUAAUAUUACAUUUUCAUUUGGAAUUUUAUUCGAUUUCUUAUUUAAAAUUUACAAGAAAUUUAUAACUUAUUUAAAACGAAAGCUCAGUUAGUUCGACUUGUCCAUACAGUUUACCUAUUUUUUAAUCAUUCUUUUUUUUUAAUAAUAAUGAUAUUAUUAUGUGAUCCGGGAUGCUUUUAUUGAUUCUCGCGAAUUAUUUGUAGCGGAAUAUUUUGCAUUUAAAAUAAAUAAUAUCAUUUCGUAGCCAUAUUUAUAUAUUAUAUAUAUUUUUUUAAACAAACCUUAAUCGUAAGUUUACAAAUCUGUUUAUGAACUAUGGAUCCUAAAUAAAUAAAUCCGAAAAUUAAUAAA